GGUCCUUAUCCGAGUGGGGUCUCUAGAUUUACUUCCCGGGGAUAUCGCCAUAUCAGGACAUCGACUAUUCUAACGCGUGCUUGCAGUGAUGGAAAAUAGUGAACGACGAGCGCAUCAGUCAUGCAACGAUUGGGCAGUCCUUGGCUCAUUCAAGGGCUCCUUUCGCGCCUGGAAUCCCAAGGCCAAGUCAGGACCUUGAUUUAUAAAAGUCCCAGUCAAAUCGAGAAAACUCGACGAUUUAGGCGACGCCAACAAGCCAGAUCCCCCCGACGAGAAACCGUCCCACUCUACGAGAUUCCCUCCUCGCUCCUGGAUCUCGAUGCUGAGGACAAUCCCCGAGUCCGAGCCUACACCGAACAGGAUGAGAAGGACCAGUUCGAGCGAUGGAGUCAGAAUCCCAAAGUUGAUGCUCUAUCAGGGCGUAUAGAGACCUUUCGGCAGGAACUUGGUCGCUCAGAAAGGUUAUGGAACGCACCGCCCGGCCCAUUUAACCAACGUCGAAUAUCCGAUCGCGAUGUUCUUUCUGUUGCAUUUCUAGGGGCGUUGAGCGGAGGGAGAGAUGCAGCAGUGGACAUUGGGAGCCCGGACAAGAAAGUUGGCCAGGUCCCCUUGGGCAGCACCUCGGAAAUUCUAGGAUCAAAUGGCAUUCCACAACGCAUCUUGGAAGAUGAUGCCAAAACCGUCAACUUCAUGCUUCAUUGGCAAGAACGCCACGAGCCCCAGCGCAUCAACAGUGGAGAGUUGGCGAACCUGAAAGCAGAAUUAUCGCGCCAAAGCUUCGUCCACCUAAGGAGGGUUGCCGCCCAACUGCUCCAGACCGACGCGGGUAGCAGAAUGCUCUCCCUCUGCGGCGCCGAGGUAGCAUUUGCCCUCGCCGAUACUGCCCAGCUACGCCAUGGAGUUCAACUGCGCGACGGGAAUGACCCGACGGAGGUGCUUGUCUUUCUCAGCAAUGUCGCGAUAGGCCUCAGUGCGCGCGAUAUCAACCUUCCGGCGCCACUACGAGGGCUUGGAUUGCGACUAGCAUCCAAGCUUUUCUGCCUUCCAGCAAUAACAAACUUCCUCGGCCUUGACCAGCAAACGGGGCUGGACGGGGAGACUGGCAGACUGGAUGCAAAUGCGGUUCACGAAGCUCUCCGCUCUAUCCUCGACCAUAUGCAUUCGCAGCAGGCCGGACCCGAUGGUGGCCCUUUGGAAAUGCGAUCAGAGGUGUUCAGUCUUCUGACAGGCCGAGGUACCUCCAAGGAUGAGGUGAAGCCCUCAGUUCGAGCAAUGAUAUCGGACUCAAAUGACUUCCGGGAAGCCUACAAGGCGUACAUUCUCCUACUGGGAGAGCUAGGGGCUGCCCGAAGCUUAUGGCAUGAGUGGCAAGGCUCAACAGGUUUCAAAACGCCAAAGAUAGAUAUGAACUUGAUCCUGUUCACAAACGCCACCCUCCGGUCCGUAAGCCUGAUGAGGCAGCAGGAACAGCCAGUUGGUGCAGAUGCAGUCGGGUUGGCUACAGGCGAUUACGUCCAAGAUGUACACCUUGAUCGGCAGUUGGUCGACAUGCUCCAGUCUCCUGGUACGCAAGCAGGGUUCGGGGGAUUCGCGCGGCCGUUCAAUCUUCCCAGCCAGGGCAGAGACGAGACAUCCAGCGGCUCCAGUAGAGGUGCAGAACCUCGAGCAGAGGUUCAGCAAUUCCUGAAAAAGAAGCAGGACAUCACAAGUGCCCUUGCAGCUCUAAAGCCAGCGUUGGAAACGGCAAUCUCGCGGUAAAGGACCCAAGGAUUGUGACCGAUAAGGGGCAAAGGCUUCGACGGCAGUGCGUGUAUGGAUAAACAAGGGAUGCUAGCGGCGUGUCUGCCGACACUUUCGUGUCCGUCGGACUCUGUUUACUAUUAGAGAGGACUGGCCCUAGCGAUGACUAUCGGCUACACUAGGGCAACCCCCUUGCAUUGCAACCUUCAAAACUGUCAUAUCCUCUACAUUCUUUACACUAUCAAGGGACGACCCAAAAACACGGGAUAGAGUCUGAGACGUAAGUCGGUCUCGGUUGGGAUUGCCCCGCCCCUCCUUUACAGCUGUUCGGCCCGCAGCACUGCAGCACCUCGAGUGC